AUGAUAAGGCGAGAAAUCAAGCGGACCAAGCGGCGAAGGCAAGCGGACCAAGAGGCGAAGGCAAGCGGGCCAAGAGGCGAAAGCAAGCGGGCCAAGAGGCGAAGGCAAGCGGGCCAAGAGGCGAAGGCAAGCGGGCCAAGAGGCGAAGGCAAGCGGGCCAAGAGGCGAAGGCAAGCGGGCCAAGAGGCGAAGGCAAGCGGGCCAAGAGGCGAAGGCAAGCGGGCCAAGAGGCGAAGGCAAGCGGGCCAAGAGGCGAAGGCAAGCGGGCCAAGAGGCGAAGGCAAGCGGGCCAAGAGGCGAAGGCAAGCGGGCCAAGAGGCGAAAGCAAGCGGGCCAAGAGGCGAAGGCAAGCGGGCCAAGAGGCGAAGGCAAGCGGGCCAAGAGGCGAAAGCAAGCGGGCCAAGAGGCGAAGGCAAGCGGGCCAAGAGGCGAAGGCAAGCGGGCCAAGAGGCGAAGGCAAGCGGGCCAAGAGGCGAAGGCAAGCGGGCCAAGAGGCGGGCCAAGAGGCGAAAGCGGGCCAAGAGGCGAAAGCAAGCGGGCCAAGAGGCGAAGGCAAGCGGGCCAAGAGGCGAAGGCAAGCGGGCCAAGAGGCGAAAGCAAGCGGGCCAAGAGGCGAAGGCAAGCGAUUCACGAGGCGAAGGCAAGCGGGCCGCCGUUCGAAGGAAAGCCACGAAGACGAGAACAAAACAGCCAACGUUUAAGCAUGGUCGAAGAAGGCCAGAGGAUUACAUUUCCAUAAUGAAAGGAAUACUCUCGGUUCCUAAUAUUUCCUCCGAAAGCUCAUGA